GGACCCUGGUGCCACCAUACAGGGCAUCCUGGCUGCUGCGCCAGCUUGGGGGGGGCUGCCGGGGGGGCCUUGCAUGUGGUGAAGGUGCUAAAAGUAGCUCCGUGCUCCCUGCUUGUAGGAGGGGAUCCUGGUCUGUUGCUCCCUGACAUCCAGCCAGGACGCCGACUGCACCUUCCUCACAGACUUCCAGGGGGACGCUUAUCGGGUUAGUGCCUGGCAGGGGCUGCCGAGGAGCCUGGGGUGUGUGUGACUUUUUUGGGAGGGGGGGGCAGCCGGAGGGGCUUAUCGCCCUUGGAGGUGGCAGUGAGGAAAGUAGUAGGAAAAUUGGCCCAUUCCUCAACACAUCCCUGGUCCGCCCACGAGAUGGGGAUUGAGAGCUGUGUUAACCUGGCCUCCCCUCCUCUGUCCUUUCCUGCAGCCCUCCUGUGCUGAUCAGACUGUGGCCUUUCCUGGCCACUGGGAAGUGGGGGGAGAAUAUUCACUGUUCAGCUAUAGUUGCAGUGGCUAAAAUCCAAAUGGCAAGAGUUACUGAUCCUCAUGCUUCAGGGCACAAGCGGAGCCGGCCUGGGGGGGUCAGGAAGGAGUAGCCUUAUCCUGCACACCAAGGAACUGCUCCAUCCUCUGGAGUGUCUGGAGACAGCUGCUCUUGGAGACCAGAUCCGCAGCUAGAUGGGCCUUUGAGCUGAUUCGCUGCCUCGUCGGUCUCCGGUGCUGAAUGAGAAGCCAUUACUGGAGGGGGUUUUUUUGUGGGGGGGUGAAGAGGGAGUUGCGGUGCAAGGGAUGGAGGCUGGACCUAUUAAUACUGAUCCCUGCUUCCUGCCCCCUGGUUUCCUUGAGGUUUACAUGAAGCUGCGCCCCCACGUGCAGGAGUUCCUGGAAACUCUCUCCAAAGCCUACGAGAUCUUUGUCUUCACCACCGCGAAGCAGGACUACACAGAGAAGAUCCUGGAUGUCUUGGACCCUCAGAAGAAGCUGAUCAGGCACCGCCUUUAUCAGCAGGACUGCCUCUGCGAGCAGGGUUACUACGUGAAGGACCUCUCCAUCCUGGAGAGAGACCUGGCCAGGACAGUGGCCCUGGAUGAUUCCCUCCAAGGAUUCCCUUACCAGAUUUCCAACUGGGUCCCGAUCCCCGGCUGGCUGGGAGACCGCCAGGACGAGGAGUUGCUGCGUGUCCUCCCGCUGCUGGGGAAGCUCAGCCAAGCGGGUGACGUCCGCACUGAAAUCCAGAGGAAAUACCGUCUCUGCAGGCUACUGGCUGUGGACUGAUGUCUGCCCAGGGACUGAGUGUAGAGGGAAAACCCCUUCCCAGAAGUCUGUCCUGAUGGGCUGCUCUCAAACGUCCCAGAUGCAAAGUGCAGCACUGCUGCCCGGUUCCAGUCAGCAACAGCACAAACUUUAGCUCCGCUCCCCUCCUACCUACGCUCUCCUUCUCCACGUACAACCAGCUGGGAAAACGGAGCUUGGCAACCCAACGUGAGCACAGAGGGCAGCUUCCUACAGGGGAAAUCCAAAUCUGACCCCCAACUUUCAAGAUCUACAGUUCAGAAGUAACUAGUGCCUUUGAGUACCUCAAUUGAGGAUCCAACUUGAGAACCUCUUAAAGGUGGCUGUUUUUUGGUUUUUUGUUUUUUUUUCACCUGCCCUGACAAAUCAGGCCACUUAAAUGUGUCCCAGAUGGGCACCUGGACUCAAGUUAAUUAAGAAAAUCUUGGGGAGGGGGGUGUAUAUUAACCCAAACAAAGACCCUUUGAAAGCUUCCCCUUUACUUACUCAGUGCUCUUCAAACUGCAGAGGGAAUCUUCCUUUGUCUCCUUCUAAAGCAACAACUUCCCUGCAGGCCUUUGCAACCCAAGCAUUGCAGCAAGUUCCCAGUGCAUGAGAACCUGAAAAUGAAACAGACUAGAAACAAAAGUUGAAACUGACCAGCCUCUGAGCUGAGAGAAAUGCAAAUGGCUGAAGGUAAACUCCACUUAAAUUCUAUUGUUGCCUUUGUAUUAAGCUGGGCUGUUUGUAUUGGCUUUGAAACCUGUGUCCUUAGAACAGUUUAAAACCAAAAAAACCAAAACCCCUUUGAGACAGUUUGUUCAGCCAGAGGACUGCAUUUAAGGCUUGUUGUCCCAGAGUGGCUGCAGUCUAGCAUCUCUGACAGUGUGACAUGGUCGCUGGCUUGUGCAGCUCUGCCUGCUGCUAAGAUUUCUCUAGUGGUACAUUCGCACCUGCCUCUUGUCUUUGUCGCUCGCCUCCUGAAUUCUUCCAGCUCACUCAAGGCCUCACUCUUCUCCCUGGGUGGGUCAGUGGAGAGCAAGCCAGGCAUUCCCUGUAGCCACUCCAGGAGCUGAUGGAGCGUGGGCAGGUCCUGGUGGGAGAGCGGAGCUGUACACAGGGAAGCCAGGAGGGGAAUUCUUGUCCCUGACAGGAGAAGCAGGACUUGCAGCCAGCCUUGGUUUUCAAUUUUCAAUCUGUUGCGUGCCACUGUCGUGCCAACGUGCCUCCCCACCAUAGUGGGAACUGAGCCGCUUGGGUGAGCUGGCUGGCAUAGGCAACCUUGGGCGCUUGGCACUCUCAGGUCACAUAGUCCAGGUUCUGCAGUGAGCCACCGGCGCUUCGAAGCCGUAACUGCAGCUAGUGCUAGGUGCUGUGUUCAGUAAGGCCAUCCCUGGGCCCGAGGAGCUGGGGUGGGUCAGCGAUGGACCCUCCAACUCAGCUGCGCCAAGUAGCUCUUUCUAGGCAAAAGGUUGAUCUUCUUCCCUCCCUGCCCCACGGACGCCUCCCUCAUGAUCAUCCACUGCAAGGCAGCUGUGUAGCCCUUGUGCCUGGGGUGGAGUAAGAGAUUUUUGUGUGGUGUGGGCUCUCCCUGUUUUAAGGGCUGUGUGCUGAAAUUCCCAGCUGGACUCUCGUAACUUUGUUCUUUCUUUGUAACCUUUGUUUGUUUAAUAAAAACCAAA